ACAUAUUAAACCAACAGAUCUCAUUUUCAUUCUGAUUGUCUGUGUAUAUCAUAAUGGAGAUUGAUACAAGCGAUGAGCGUCAAGUCGAAUAUCUAGAGAUACCCAUUAAAUCAAAGAAUGAUUUGAUGGAAUAUAGAGUUAUCAAAUUACGAAACGGAUUAACAGCUAUGUUAAUAUCCGACAAUGAAAAUAAAGAUGAAGAUGAUAGUGACGAAAAUAAUGAAAAAGAUAAUGGUCCUUCUGCAAUUAAACGAGUUAAAAAAGAUGAAUUAACGAUAGAAUGUGGCUUAGACGUGGGAGUAGGCAGAUUUAGCGAAACAGAAAUUCCAGACCUUUCACAUUUUGUUGAAUAUAUGGUUUCUAGAGGAUCCGAAAAAUAUGAACAUGAAAAUGAUUUUAUUGAUUUUAUCAAUGAGCAUGGGGGAUGUACUAAUAGUGUAACGGAUUACGAGCAUACAACAUUUUAUUUUGCCCUGGGUGGUAUUCAAAAGGAUCAAUUGUUAUCAGCUCUCGAUCGUUUUACUCAUUUUUUCAUUAAACCCUUGAUGAAGAAAGAUGUCAUAAAGCGGAUGAUAGAGACUUUAAGACACGAGUUGCAGUCGUCUUUAACUUAUGAUAUAUCCAGGAAAAAUCGAAUAAUGAUCUCUACCGUACCAGUUGGACAUCCAGUCAAUAAAUUUUCAUGGUCCUAUACAGUAAUAAUGAGCAAUAAUGUGGAUGACAACAAAAUAGACAAAUUAUACGAUGAACUACACAAAUUUAGAGAGCGUCAUUACAGCGCUCACAGAAUGAAGCUAGUUAUACAAGCAUCAUUACCACUAAAUGCAUUGGAAAAAUAUGUUAAAAAGUUCUUUGCUAAUAUACCAAGUAACUGGCUGCCUCCCGAUGACUUUACCAAAUUUAAAGACAAUAUUCCUUUUAAUACUCCCGCUUUCCAAAAAAAAGUGUAUAAGAUUAGAUCUGUCAAAGAUAUCAACCAACUACAUAUAACUUGGGCUAUGCCUUCACUACUGCAUUUAUAUAAAAAUUGUUAG